ACUAAAGCAGUUCUCAUCGCAUAUUUCCGCUCUCUCGACUCUUCCCUCUGCCGUUCUCUCUCUCUCUCUCUCUCUCUCUCUCCACAACUCUCGCAGACAGUGAACAAUGGCGUCAGUAGAUCCAGAGGUCAGAGACGAAGAGCACGUUCCCGCCGAAGAAGAAGAUACCGGAGCCCAAAUUGCUCCCAUCGUUAGGCUCGAAGAGGUCGCAGUCACCACUGGUGAAGAAGACGAAGAUGCCCUCCUCGAUCUAAAGGCGAAGCUAUAUAGAUUUGAUAAAGAUGGGAAUCAGUGGAAAGAGAGGGGUUCUGGUACUGUGAAGUUUCUCAAGCAUAAGGUCAAUGACAAAGUUCGAUUGGUUAUGCGGCAGUCUAAGACCCUUAAGAUUUGCGCUAAUCAUCUGAUUAUUGCUGGUAUGACGGUUCAGGAGCAUGCUGGGAAUGAGAAAUCUUGUGUGUGGCAUGCUAGUGAUUAUGCCGAUGGAGAGUUGAAGGAGGAGAUGUUCUGCAUCCGAUUUGCAUCUAUUGACAAUUGCAAAACCUUCAUGGAGAUGUUCCAAGAGGUAGCUGAAUCACAAAAGCCACAAGAGGAGAAUGAGGAUGCAUCUGCAACUGCUGAAGCUCUUGAGAAGCUAAAUGUAGGAGAAGAGAAAAAUAAGGACAAAGCUGUAGAGGAAGAAUCUACUCCAGCAGAAACAGCAGCUUCUCCAGCAAAAGAAGCAGCUGCUUCAGCAGAGGCGACAGAAGCUGAGUCUAAAAAAGAUGAUGUGGAGAAGAAGGCUGAGGAUUCUAGCGCUUGAAUUUACGCAUCUACCGCUGCCAAGUGUUUCAAGGCCUGGUAGCUGUCCUUUAUUGCUCACAAAUGUUUUGGUAGUAAUUUUUUGAGUCGGUAUUUAUUCUUGGGACCAAACAGGUUGUCUUCUAUUAUAGUCUGCUGGUGCUUGGUCUUUGUCUUCUAUCUGAGUGUUGAACGAUUGCUGUUGUUUUCCAUUUGGGUUUAUGAGAGGUUUAGAAGGUGGUUUUUCCAGAUAUACUAAGAUAUGUACUGGGUGUAAGUCGGUGUGUUUUUGGGUCUGUCAAGUCUGCAAUACUAAAAUUUCUUACAAGAAAAAGGUUUUGGUUCAAGUUGGCCCAUGA